ACGGUCACACUGGAGGCAGCACGCCAAGAAAAUUGAAAAUUUCUUUCUUUUUCACAAUUUUCCACACGCCGCGUUGCAAAUUUUCCGCUUUGCCGGCAUUGGAAAAGUGUUUACCGGCUGGCCAAGAGCUCAGAACCAGCGGCAGAAGAAACGCGAAGACGCAUGUCGAAGUCUUCCGAAGAAGCCGUUGUGACCGAUUCAGCAUCCGCAUCCACAUCCGCCUCCGCAUCCCGCGAUGGAGUCAAUGGUUCGUCUGUAGACCACCAAGGAAACUCGCCGCCAUUCGGGGCUCCUGGUUCGCAAGCGGAUUCGGGCUACGCCGGCAAUAGUAGUACGAAUCAGAGCCACUACUACCACCACCACCACUUCCAGGGAGCAGCCGCAUUCGAGAGCCCGGCCUUCUUGCCCGUAUCGCCGUCGAGGGGCAAGUUCUGGGCACCUGGAGCCGUGCGGAUACCGAAUGCGGAGCCGUUCUUCGCCUCGCCAAAGAGGUCUUGUCUCACGCCGUCGUCGUUGUCGUUGUCGUCCCAGCACUCCAGUCCGCGGCUCGAGGAGCUGCGCAGCUCCACGCCAGUGACGUCGCCGCAGAGAGUGCGUGGCCACAGCGUUUCCACCUGGAACCAGACUGCGAACUCGGACGGACCUCAGUUGGCGCCCAGGCUGCACGCGCAGACGCCCUCGGCCGAGGAAUUCGAGCUGCUGUCGGAGGAGCAGCGGCAAGUCUAUCAGGUCGGCGAGCCAACCAGCUACCGGCAACUGGCCUUGCGGGAGUUCGAGGAGGUGAACGAGCGGGUGGCCGAGCAGCUGCUGCAGGAAAGACAGCUCGCUGCAGCCAGGAUUCAGCAGCGAAACCAGAGAAUUGCAACCCAGAUUCAGCCGGAAGAGGUCCGGGAUCAAAAACUACAGGUUUUAGGUGAGAUUGAGCAAACGAAAGAGCUGGUCUUGCAGGAAACCCAGCCAAUUGUAGCCAGGAAUCAAGACCUCAAUGAGCAGAUCGUAGUUGAGAUACAGGAGAUACAGCAGAUUCCACAGGAAAUCCAACAGGAAGCCCUUGUAACUGAGAUAAGCGCGAUCGAGCAAAGAGAAGAGCAGGUCGUGGUUGUAGUCCUGCAGGAAGACCAAAACAUUGCAACUGAGAUUCAAGAUCUCAACGAACCGACUAUUCUAUCUCAGAUUGUGCAAGAAACCCAACUGAUUGCGGACAAGAUCCUGCAAGAAGACCAUAAUAUUGCAUCCCAGAUUCCACAGGAAGAAAUUGAGGCUGCAACUGAGGUUUCAAGCCAGUUUGAGCCAGCAAAAGUCCAGCCAAUUCUGUCUGAAAAUCCAGAUAUCAAUGAGCAGAUCGUAGUUGAGAUACAGGAAAAGCAAAACCAGGAGGAAGACCAGAAGAUUCUGCAAGCAAACAUACCGAUUGCAACUGAGGUAAGCGAGUUCAUUCAGAAUAUUGUAGCCCAGAUUCCGCAAGAGGACAUUCAGAUUGCAACUGAGGUUUUAAACGAGUUCGAGCGAGCAGAAGAGCAGGAAGACCCGAAAAUUGCAACUGUUAAUCAAGAUAUCCAAGAGCAAAUUGUAGUUGAGAUACAAGACGAGCCAAACGUAUCGCACGUUCCACAGGAAAGCGAGCAGAUUGCCACAGAGAUCCUGCAGGAAGAUCAGCUGAUUGCUUCACCAACCCAGGAGGAAAACGUACCGACUGUAACUGAGAUCCUGCAGGAAGACCACGGCAUUGUAGCUGAGACUCAGGAUAUCAACGAACAAAUUGUAAUUGAGACAGAGGACCAGCCGAUUGUAUCGCAGAUUCCGCUGCAAAUUUUAAGCGAUUUGGAGCCAACUGAAGAGCAGGUUGCAGUCCAAUUCCCGCAGGAAGACCAAGAUAUUGCAACUGAGAUUCAAGAUAUCAGUGAGCGGCUUGUAGUUGAGAUACAGAACGAGCCGAUUGUGCCGCAGGUUGCAGAGGAAAAGCAGCCGAGCCUGCAGGAAACCCAGUUGAUUGCUUCCCCAAUCCAGCAGGAAGAUCAGGAGAUUCUGCAAGCAGAUAUACCGAUUGUAACUGAACAAAUUCAGAUUGAAACUGAGGUAAAGGUUCAAAACCACCAGGUUUUAAACGAUUUGGAGCAAGCAGAAGAGCAGAAAGAGCCGAAAAUUGUAGCUGAGAAUCAAGAUAUCCAUGAGCAAACUGUAAUUGAGAUACAGGACGAGCCAAUUGUAUCGCACGAUCCACAAUCCCUAAUUCAGCAGGAAGACAUACCGACGGUAACUGAAGAAGACCGAAACAUUGUAACUGAGACCCAAGAUCUCAAUGAACAAAUUGUAAUUGAGAUUGAGGACGAGCCGAUUGUAUCGCAGCUUCCGCAGGAAAACCACUUGAGUGCAUCUGAGAGUCAGGAUCAAAACACGCCGAUUUUGGAGGAGUUCAAACAGGCGGAAGAUCAGGUUGCAGCCCAGAUUCCGGAGGAAGCUAUUCAAAUUGUAACCGAAAUUCAAUCGAUUUCGAACGAGUUACAACAGGAAGACGAGCAGCUUACAGUCCAGGAGGAAGUGGAGGAAGAAAUUCAGUUUGUGACUGAAGUUCAGGAUCACAGCCAGUCGAUUUUGGUUCUUGAGGAGGAGGACAACGACCAGAUUGCACCAGGGAUCCUCCAGGAAACCCAAAUUAUAGCAGCUCAGCUCCAGCCGGAAGAUGUGCAGAUUGUAGCUGAGAUCGAGGUGCAUAACGACCAGAUUUUAAGAGAGUUUGAACAGAAAGAAGGGUAUAACAACCAGAAGGAAGACAUCAAGAUUGCAGCUGAGAUUCAGGAACAAAACCACCAGAUUCUACGAGAGUUUCAGCAGGAAGAAGACCAGACUGCAGCCCAUAUUCAGCAGAAUAGCCAGGAGAUCGUAACUGACCCUCACAAUCACAUCGACCAGAGUGGAAUUGAGGUGGAAGACCUGCGGGAAGAUCAAAACCAAACGUUUUUCAGCGAAUUUCAGCAGGAAGAUCAGCAGAUUCCAGUACAGAAGGAGCCACACUUCGCCUCUGAGGUGCACUACUUUGAGCACAAACUGAAGAGUCAGAUAGAAUCCGAGAUUCAGUACUAUCAGCCCGCCAUCCAGUACUAUCAGCAGGAUUCGAGGAUUCCGGUGGGACCGGUGGAGAUUCGCUACUACAACCAGGAGCCGUUCGGCCUGCUGGAAUUCGAGAACCAGUUGUACCAGCCCGACUUGGAGGAGCUGGCCAACCACACGGCUGGCCAAUCUCCGGCUGAAGCUGGUCAGGAGCAGCAGCAGCUGGCCUCCGAGGCAAAGACCCAAACGGAACAAAACCCAGAGUCAAACGAAGCUACCGAACUACAUCCUUACACCGAGUGCGUGCGCAAACUCCUUGAGCUCAUCGGCGAGGCCUGCGAUAGUUUGAAAGCCCAUCCGGAGCACUUCCAAGCCGCCGGCUAUCGCUUGGCCCUAUUGCAAUUGCGCCAGAAGCUGGCCAAUGUGUGCCACCAGCUGGGAAAUCUUUCUGGGCAUCGAGGAGACUGA